UUCCUCCCAAGAAAAUGUCUCUAAUUUAUUUCAUAAACGUUAAAGUAAUAUUCAUUUUAUGCUUAUUAAUCGCGAUUAAACCUAGCCUUGGGGUUGUUGUCCAAGGUUCCGGGCCGGGCUUCUCAUCUAUUGCGGGGGCGCAAGGUUCGGGCCAGGGCUUCUCAUUUGGUUCUGGCAUCCAAGGUCUCGGGCCGGGCUUCUCAUUCGGGACGAAUAAUGGUGGGCCAUUCUUUUGGAGUUUUAAUGGGCCUGAGGCUGAUAAGUGUCUAGCAACUCUUAGAAAUACUCCAGGUUGUAUCCAAGAAAUACUUGGGUCUUUGUUCAAAAUCCCAUUUCACUUUAAUGGGCCUAUUGGGCCUCCAUUUCACUCUAUUGGGCCUCAAUGUUGCAAAGUUGUUAGAGAUAUUGAAGAUAAUUGUUGGCCCAAGAUUUUUCCAAUAAGCCCGCUUUUUCCUCUUACACUCAAAGAACAUUGUAGUUCACAGGGUCAGGGUCAGGGUCCGGAUCAGGCUCCGGCUGAACAACAACCAUCGGAUUCUCCUCCGUCUCCACCUCAACAAGAUUCGAAUCCACUUCCGUCAACUCCAACUUCAUCUCCCCCUCCGCCUCAACCAUUCGCGUACUCAUUUUCAUUUGGAAAUAAAGGAAAUUAAGAAUGGGCUUUUUGGAGAAUAGGCCCAAAUUUGAGGUAUGGGCCUAUUGUACCAAAUAGUCCUUUAAAUACUCUAUUGGGCCUUUGACUCAUGAAGAAUAGAAGAUUUAGUCAAGAAAGUGGUUUUCGCCAUUAGUUUCUUACGUAAUU